GGCGGUCUCACUGCAACCUGAGUUGUUCCCACGGUCCGAAUUGAAUCUUUGAUUUUUCCGACAAAGAAAAUGCAGAAAAGCUAAAAGAGGAAAGGAAAAGCCAACUGACUGAUUACCAACUAGCCCAGCACGAUUAGCUGAGGCGUUUUUCCGUCCGGGGAAAGCGAGGAAGUCGUUGUUUUCGGGGCGGCGUCCCCCCCGCAGAGCGAGAUAGCAAGAGAGGGAGGAGGAGAAGCAGGAUCUGGAGGAUAUAUAUAAAUAAUGACCACCCAGCGGACGCAGGCGAGGAAUCCGGGCAAUGCCGAUUCUGACUAUGAGACACUGAUGCAGCGUCUCCACAUCGGAGGCGGGGGCGGAGGCGGAGUCCAUGGGGACGGAGGCGUGGUCAUGAGAAGCUACCAGCGCUCGCCCAUCGCCAUCGAUAACUUCCUGCAGGAAAGCCAGCAGCAGCAGCAUCAACAGAUGCACCACCUCCACCAAAACCAGGACUACAAGCUGUACGAACGCGGUAACAUCAUAGCCGCCUCCAAGUACGCCACGCCCCGUGCGGUGGAGCAGCUGCAGCAGCACGCCCACAAUGGGAGUGCCCAAAUCUAUGCACCCACCGCUCAAAUUUUGGGCCAGCGGAUUGCCCCUCAGAAACACUCGCCGGUGUACGAGAACCUCGAGUUUUACGGCCAAUUCGAUUCAAACCACAAGAGAGCCCAGCCCCAGAGUCCCGGGAGCAGGCAGAGCGCCAUGCUCAACGAUUAUCUCCUGAUGCAGCCCAUCGGUGCAGGACGAUUUGCUCACACGCCGGUGCCAGAGAACCCGGGCUCUGGAUUGGGAGGAGGAGCAGCAGCCAGAGGACCAGGAGGGCCCCCACCAGGACGAUCUGUGGCCUUGGGACCAACUGGCGACCUGGAGGAGCACGCAGCGCCGAUCUACGAGAACAUCAUUCCCCAUUCCGGGCAACGUGCUCAGCCACAGGCCUCGCCGGCCACCGCCACCAUGUACCAGGAGAUGCAGCCCACGUCCAACUCCUCGGGCGGAUCCUCCACGGUCGGCCUGGAUCUCAAUGCGCUGCUGGCCUCGCCCAUGCACCAGCGCAGCAUCAGCAGCAAUACGGCCAGUUCCAGCUCUUUGGGAUCGCCCACUCAGAGAUAUAGAAAUCUAUCGCUGCCCAGCCAUCUGAGUCCCGUGCCCACGGCACAAUCGGUGGCAAAACUGCAGCAGCACACCCCCAUUAAGUCGCCCGCUGGCGCCAUCAAUGUCUCCGUGAAUCCCAAUUACAUAGAGGACAUAAACAGCUCCGACUACGUGUGCAUGACGGCGAAUCUGCACAGGAAUACGGCAGCGGGUCUGGCCACGGGCAGGGCGGCAGCAACGGGAGCCACUGCCCAGCGAACGGUCCAGGAACCAGCAAUGAUAUCGUCCUCCCUGGCCAUGGGAAUGGCCACCGCAGCGGCGCCAGCCACAUCCAGUGCAUCGGCCACAGCAGCACAACCACCAUCCAACGCCUCCUUGAGAGCCACGCCCAUCGCGAUGACAGCUCCUCUGGCAGUGGCCACAUCGCCCACGCCUUCGCAGGGCAGCACAGGUCUCACAAAGAAUCUGCUGCCGUACAGCGUCACCCCACCGCGUCCGGCUGGCCCGACGGAGGCGCAGCGCAAGAUCGAGGAGCUCACCCGGCAGCUGGAGGAGGAGAUCGAGCAGAGCGAGGAGCACGGCGAAUACUUUGGCAUUUGCCACACCUGCGGCGAGAAGGUGAAGGGUGCCGGGCAGGCCUGCCAGGCAAUGGGUAAUCUUUAUCACACCAACUGCUUCAUCUGCUGCUCCUGUGGACGCGCGCUAAGAGGCAAGGCCUUCUACAAUGUGCAUGGACGGGUCUAUUGCGAGGAGGAUUAUAUGAAUUCAUUGUUGCAGUAUUCGGGCUUCCAGCAGACGGCGGAGAAGUGCGCCAUCUGCGGCCACUUAAUAAUGGAGAUGAUCUUGCAGGCCAUGGGCAAGUCGUAUCACCCGGGGUGCUUCCGGUGCUGUGUGUGCAAUGAGUGCUUAGAUGGGGUGCCCUUCACCGUGGACGUGGACCACAAGAUUUACUGCGUCAAUGACUACCACCGAAUGUUUGCGCCCAAGUGCGCUAGCUGCGGCAAAGGCAUCACCCCCGUCGAGGGCACCGACGAAACCGUGCGUGUGGUAUCGAUGGACAAGGACUUCCACGUGGACUGCUACAUCUGCGAGGAGUGCGGCAUGCAGCUGACUGACGAGCCGGACAAGCGCUGCUACCCGCUGGACGGGCGCCUGCUCUGCCGUGGAUGCCACCUGCAGCGUCUAGCACUGCAGUCCUCGCCGCAUGCCCGUCACCAGGAGCCGGUCUGCGCCUCUUACCAGUACAUGGGAUAAGCUGUGCGCUCCGACCUCUCACAUCCGACUGAGUAUCGCGCACAAAUCCAGACAAACUAUCGCAAUCAACUUAUUCCACUUAACGAUAUUAUCUUAAACAGACAGAAGUGAAAACAAAUGCAUUUAUACGAAACGAUCGCUAAGUUAGUGGUUUUUUAUUUUUAUGGCAGUGUUUAAGGAUCUCCAAUCGGAUCUGUUAAAAACUAUGUAAUGGAUUCCUGAAAUAUCUGAAAACUGGCAGCAACUGUUGGCAGUACUAUUCUCAUAUAUUAAUGUGUUUCUCAAAUGCCCUGGGGUGUUUCUGAUACCUCUUGAGGUUUCUUAGCAAUAGCAACGGUGUCUCAAAAAAUGCAAUAAAUUAUUUUAUUCUGA